CAAGACAUAAUCAUGGCUGACAACAGUACACUGGUGUCUGAAACUGCGAGGAGCCUCUUGGCUGAUUCGUCUGUUCUUGAUUCAAAAAUUAUAGAAACCUCCAAAGAGAAUGGCUUUCCUGGACCUGUUUUGGAUGUUGAAGAAGAAAUGCCUCAAAUAGAAACAAGAGUGGUUUUGGUUCAGGAAGCAGGGAAAUGUGAAGAGCUUCUGAAAGCCUUGGAGACCAUUAAGAUAAUGGAAGUACCAGUUAUAAAGAUAAAGGAAACUAGUCCUGGUAAAUCAGAAGAAAAACUUAUAAAAAGUAUUAUUCAUAUGGAAAUUAAAGUGCCCUACAUAAAGACAGACACGAUAGAAGAGCUUGGAGACUGUGAUUCCCCAGAAUUCGAGACUAUCUUUGUUGUAUCAGACUUCCAAGGUUCUAUCUUUAACAACCUCUGCAAAGCAGAUUGCCGUGUCGUUGGGCCUCCAGUAGUACUGCACUGUGCACAAAAAGGAGAGCCUUUACCUUUCUCCUGUCGUCCACUGUACUGUGCAAGUAUGUUGAACUUGGUACUGUGCUUUACAGGAUUCAGAAAGAAAGAUGAGUUGGUUAAACUAGUGACCUUAGUUCAUCACAUGGGUGGAAUUAUUCGAAAGGACUUUAGCUCAAAAGUUACCCACCUGGUGGCUAACUCAACACAUGGAGACAAAUUCAGAAUUGCCGUAAGUCUUGGCACUCCUAUCGUGAAAGCUGAGUGGAUUCAUAAGGCUUGGGAGAAAAGGAAUGAAAUUGAUUUCUGUGCAGCUGAUGAUGACUUUAGAAAUCAGUUCAAGGUUCUUCCCUUCCAGGAUUGCAUGUUAAGUUUCUUUGGAUUCUCUGAUGAUGAGAAAGCUAGCAUGGAAGAAAUGACAGAAAUGCAAGGAGGACGUUAUUUACCUGUUGGUGAUGAAAGGUGUACACACUUAGUGGUUGAAGAUAGUACAGUAAAAGAUCUUCCGUUUGAACCUUUAAAAAAACUUCAUGUUGUAAAGCAAGAGUGGUUCUGGGGAAGCAUUCAAAUGGAUGCCAGAGCUGGAGAGUCCAUGUAUUUAUUUGAGAAGUCAGACAGUCCUGGCCUCAAGAAGUCUGUGUCGCUACUUUCUCUGAAUACUCCAAACAGCAAUCGCAAAAGACGCCGUUUGAAAGAGACUCUUGCACAACUGACCAGAGAAACGGACAUGUCACCAUUCCCUCCUCGGAAACGCCCAUCAGCUGAACAUUCGCUUUCUGUUGGAUCCUUGCUGGAUAUUUCUAACACUCCAGAGUCAAGCACUACCAGUGGAGAAACACCAAAAUCCUGUGCAAGGCCUUCCAAAAACUCAACUCCUCUUCCAGUAAAGCAGUCUGCAAGAUGGCAGGUUGCAAAGGAAUUGUAUCAGACAGAAAGUAACUACGUUGAUAUUCUAACAACAAUCAUUCAGCUAUUUCAAGUUCCCUUGGAGAAGGAAGGACAACUUGGAGGACCGAUCCUUGCACAGGAAGAGAUUAAGACCAUAUUUGGCAGCAUUCCAGAUAUUCUUGAUGUGCAUACCAAAAUCAAGGAAGACCUGGAAGAUCUUAUGAUGAAUUGGACUGAAAGCAAAAGUAUUGGAGAUAUCAUUCUUAAAUAUUCGAAAGACUUGUUGAAAACAUACCCGCCAUUUGUGAAUUUCUUCGAAAUGAGCAAGGAGACUAUUACUAGAUGUGAGAAACAGAAGCCUAGAUUUCAUGCCUUCCUAAAGAUAAACCAAGCUAAACCUGAAUGUGGCCGCCAAAGCCUAGCUGAACUCCUUAUCCGUCCUGUUCAAAGGCUGCCUAGUGUUGCUUUACUACUAAAUGAUAUUAAGAAACAUACAGCAGAGGAGAACCCAGAUAAAAUAACUUUAGAGAGAGCUAUUGAGUCAUUAAAGGAAGUGAUGACACAUAUUAAUGAAGACAAAAGAAAAACAGAGGCACAAAGGCAGUUCUUUGAUGUUGUCUAUGAAGUUGAUGGAUGUCCAGCCAAUCUCUUGUCCUCUCACCGAAGCUUAGUUCAGCGUUUGGAAACUGUAGCACUUGGUGAUGACCUCUGUGACAGGGGAGAGCAGGUCACCCUCUUUCUGUUCAAUGAUUGCCUAGAGAUUGCAAGGAAAAGGCAUAAAGUUAUUGGUGCUUUCAAGAGUCCACAUGGCCACACGAGACCUCCUGCAUCUCUCAAGCAUGUUGUCCUCAUGCCUCUCUCCCAGAUCAAGAAAGUCCUAGAUAUCAGGGAGACAGAAGACUGCCAUAAAGCUUUUGCCUUAGUUGUGCGGCCACCUACAGAACUCAACAACAAGCUACUCAGUUUCCAGAUGACAACUGAAGAACCUCCUAAAGAAGAUUGGUUGAAGACGUUGUGUCGGCAUGUGGCUAACACUAUUUGUAAAGCAGAUGCAGAAAAUCUCAUUUAUACUGCUGAUCCUGAUUCCGUUGAAGUAAAUACUAAAGAUAUGGACAGUACUUUAAGCAGAGCAUCCAGGGCAAUAAAGAAAACAUCAAAAAAGGUUACAAGAGCAUUUUCUUUCUCAAAAACACCAAAGAGAGCUCUUCGAAGGGCUUUAAUGUCGCAUUCUGCAACAGAAGGAAGAAGUCCCAGUUCAGCUAAUGAGGGUUAUAUAGGCAGCCGACUGACUAGUACGUCAUCAUUAGCGGGUAUUUCUUCUCCUUCCUUGGUCAGUCUUCCCUCAAUCUUUGAAAAAAGGAGUCAUACAUUAAGUCGAUCAACAACCCACUUGAUAUGAAGCAGGUUUUAAAUACAAUGCUGUAUUGAAGUGACUGACAAGCAGCUGGCUGUUCAAAUAACCUGUUACUGACAUUAAUGGUACCUUAGUCAUUGGCACUUAGCAAUGAUUAGCAAAAUGUUAGAUAACACUAAGUUAAUCACAAGGGGUUUUUAGUUGUAUUGAAGCAGAUCAGCUAAUCAGUGGAAUAAGUGACUUGGUCUUCAUUUAAGACACAGUAUUCCCUUGCACAAAUGUGUUUGCUCACCAACGUAAUAGAAACAUUUUCUUCUAUGGAAAUUGUCCCCUGUAGGAAACAAACUACUUUGUCAGUUUUUUGAAAUGAAGAUGAUGUUCACAUAACUUACCGCUAGUUUGGAUGACUCUUAUGCUUGCCUAACUUCAUCAAUUGGCAGAGCACUCUAAUGUUUGCAUUGUUCAUUUCUGAAAUGGACAUGCAUUAUGAAGUACCUGACCUUUCAAGUAUGACACUUAACCUGUUGUACAGCUGCUUAUUCCAGGUAUUUUAUAAAUGUAGUUGUUUAUAAAGAAAUAGAAUGAAGUUUCUGUGAUUAUG